CCCCGCGCGGGGGCGGUUCCCGGGGCGGCGGCUCCCGGCGGCUCCCGGGCCGCGCUCCGGGCCGCGCGGGCGAUGCCGAAGCUGCUGCCGGCGCAGGAGGCGGCGCGGAUCUAUCACACCAACUACGUGCGCAAUGCGCGCGCCAUGGGCGUCCUGUGGGCCCUCUUCACGCUCUGCUUCUCCAUCCUCAUGGUGGUGACCUUCAUCCAGCCCUAUUGGAUCGGCGACAGCAUCGACACGCCGCAGGCCGGCUACUUCGGCCUCUUCUCCUACUGUAUCGGCAACGCGCUCACGGGCGAGCUCAUCUGCAAGGGCAGCCCGCUCGACUUCGGCACCAUCCCCUCCAGCGCCUUCAAGACCGCCAUGUUCUUCGUGGGCAUCUCCACCUUCCUCAUCGUGGGCUCUAUCCUCUGCUUCAGCCUCUUCUUCUUCUGCAACGCCGCCACCGUCUACAAAGUCUGCGCCUGGAUGCAGCUGGCGGCAGCCACAGGGCUCAUGAUCGGCUGCCUCAUCUAUCCCGACGGCUGGGACUCGGCCGAGGUGAAGCGCAUGUGCGGCGACAAGACGGACAAGUACACGCUGGGCGCCUGCACCGUGCGCUGGGCCUACAUCCUCUGCAUCAUCGGCAUCCUCGACGCCCUCAUCCUCUCCUUCCUCGCCUUCGUGCUGGGUAACCGCCAGGACAACCUCCUCCCUUCCGAUUUCAAAGUGGAAAAUAAAGAAGACGGCAACGAGGGAUAGCGCCAGCAGUAAGCGGCGUUCAACAGCUCUCCCCUUCCUCCCCAAACACACCAACAGCAACSGGGCGUGCGGAGGACAACGCAGGGAGGGACGAGGGGACGGUGGCUCUGCGGCCACGGCGGCACCGCGCUUGGCCGCGGCUGCACAGGAAAGGCGCGUUCCUGCCGUGAGGAAGCAGACGUCCCUGCGAGGGGCAGGAGAGCCCCAAGGGCCACGUGUGGCCCCGCUCGGUGCUGGGGCGCCUACGCUCCCACCUCCAGCUCUUCUCCCGGCAGCAGCAGGGACCUUUAUCUUUUCCUUUGAAAUGACUUUUGCAGGAGCAUUGAGCUUAUCGCCUUCCAUGGAUUUUCUGCAGCUGCUUUGUUCCCGCAAGGGGCUGCUCCAUGACCCCAGCUCCCGCCUGGGAAGAGCCCAGCUGCCCYGGGCACGGCCGCGGCUUCUUUGUACAGCAGCUUUCCAGAAAACGACUUCCGAAUAAAAAAAUAAAGUGA